AUCGCCCGGCCCCAUGGAGCGGCUGCUGCGGGCCGAGCUGCGCACCGCGACCCUGCGGCCUUUCGGGAGCCCCGGCGCGGGCUGCAUCAGCGAGGGGCGCGCCUACGACACCGACGCGGGCCCCGUGUUCGUCAAGGUCAACUACCGCGCGCAGGCCCGGCAGAUGUUCGAGGGGGAGAUGGCCAGCCUGGAGGCCCUCCGGAGCACCGGCCUGGUGCGGGCACCGCGGCCCAUGAAGAUUUUCGACAUCCCUGGAGGAGGCGCCGCGUUCGUGAUGGAGCACCUGCAGAUGAGGAGUCUGAGCAGCCAAGCUGCGACCCUCGGCGCCCAGAUGGCGGAGCUGCACCUUCACAACCAGAAGCUGGGCCAGAGGCAGAAGGAGAAGGAGCUCACAGUGGGCCACAGGGCAGAUGAGGAUCAGCCCUCCUAUGUGUCCAAGUUUGGCUUCCACACAGUUACCUGCUGUGGCUUCAUCACUCAGGUGAACGAGUGGCAGGAUGACUGGGCCACCUUCUUCACAAGGCACCGGCUCCAGGCACAGCUGGACCUCAUCGAGAGGGACUAUUCAGACCGGGAGACAAGGGAACUUUGGGCCCAGCUCCAGGUGCGAAUCCCGGAUCUGUUUACUGGCCUCGAUAUAGUCCCUGCCCUUCUCCACGGAGAUCUCUGGUCGGGAAAUGUGGCCGAAGAUGACUCAGGGCCCCUUGUUUACGACCCGGCAUCCUUCUAUGGCCAUUCUGAGUUUGAAUUGGCAAUUGCGUUGAUGUUUGGGGGGUUCCCCAAGUCCUUCUUUACUGCUUACUAUCAGAAGAUCCCUAAGGCCCCAGGUUUCGACCAGCGGCUGCUGCUGUAUCAGCUUUUUAACUACUUGAACCACUGGAACCACUUUGGGAGCGAGUACCGCAGCCCAUGCCUGAGCACCAUGAGGAGGCUUCUCAAGUAGCCUCAGCUGGGCCUUGGGGCUUCAGGCACGAAUAAAGCCAGCAGGGGUCUCAGUGAGUGCAUUGCCUCCUGCCUUUCCUGGUGUCUCUUCUCUCUUCAUCCGGACUAAUGGGGCUCAGACCUCAGAUGUUUCUGACCAGCUUGUUUGGUUCCCUAACUGGUUCUUGGAAUUCACAGAGCUGGGUUUUGCUCAGGCAUUAGUUGGGCUGCAUUCACCCCCCCUCCCCGUGAGCCCUUCACACUGGGGUCACGUGCUGAACUUCACUUCUUCAGCAAGCACCCCCGGGCUGGGUAGGGUGGACAGAAGGAAGGGAGGGCCCUGUGUGGGGCUCCUGCACACAGACCUGUCUUGUUCUGUGUUUCAGUUGCUGUGUCUUCCUAGGUAGAUCAGGGGUGCAGGAGAUGGGAAGCUUGGGCGGGUGGUGGGCAUGUGCUUCAUGCCCACGAGUCCAGCCAGCCCUUAAGGGAUGGGAGGUUCUGGGACAAAUGGAUGGCCCCUGUGUGUGCCCACAGACGGGGACCCUCACCUCGUACCGUUCUAGAUUACCCGUCAUAUCUCUGCCCA